GAAAAUCAGCCCUGAUUUUCACCAACGGCCACUAUUCCACUUUGAUAUGAAUUUGAAUUUGAAUUUGAAAACCAAAAACAUGACCGUUACCCCUUCAUCUUCCUUAUAAACCCCACCAUUUUCUCACACCCAAUUUCAAAUUUACCAGAAACCCUAAAAUCAAAAUCCUCUUAAACUCAAUUUCCUUUAAUCAUCAAUGGCUGCCACUGCAACAUCCAAUCUUCCAAUGGCUUCCGACCCAGUUCCGACGAAGAAGGGAAGAAGCAGAAAAGCCCUAAAGGAGAAGAACCCAUCAACAAAUGAGGCUAACAUUUUGGCUGGAAAAUCAUCUGAUUCGGUGGAUUUGCCGGCAUUGGUGCCGGAAUCUGAUUUGACCAAGGAAAACAAUGAAACUCUCUCUCAUCCUCGGUCUGAGAAGAAGAAAUCGAAGGCGAAGUCGAAAGGGAAGGCGAAGAAAAGUGAAGAGACCAAUGAUUUUGAGAAGGAUUUGCAAGAGAUGCAAGAAAUGUUGGAGAAAAUGAAGAUUGAGAAGGAUAAAACUGAGGAGAUGUUGAAGGAGAAAGAUGAGAUUCUGAAGAAGAAAGAGGAAGAGCAGCAGAAGCUUCAAUUGGAGCUCAAAAAGUUGCAGAAGAUGAAGGAGUUUAAGCCUACCAUGACUCUGCCCAUCAUGAAAGACCAAGAAUUAGAGAAGAAAGAUAAGAAAAAGAAGGAAUGCCCAGAAAGGAAAAGGCCAGCUGCAGCAUAUGCCUUGUGGUGCAAAGAUCAGUGGAAUGAGAUCAAGAAAGAGAACCCUGAUGCAGAUUUCAAGGAAGUCUCAAACAUACUGGGUGCUAAGUGGAAGACCCUUACUCCUGAAGAGAAGAAACCAUAUGAGGAGAAGUAUCAAGCUGACAAAGAAGCUUAUUUGCAGAUCGUCAGCAAAGAGAAGCGCGAAAUUGAAGCAAUGAAAUUGUUAGAGGAAGAGCAGAAGCAGAAGACUGCAAUGGAGCUGCUUAAUCAGUACCUUGAAUUUAAGCAAGAAGCAAACAAGGAUACCAAAAAAUCAAAGAAGGAGAAGGACCCUUUGAAGCCAAAACAACCAAUGAGUGCUUUCUUCUUGUACUCGAACGAGAGGCGAGCUGAUUUGCUUGAAAAGGGCCAUAAUGUGCUUGAGGCAUCAAAGAUCAUUGGUGAAGAAUGGAAAAGCAUGUCAGAAGAGCAAAAAACACCUUACCAAAAGACUGCAAAUUUAAACAAGGAAAGGUACCAACAAGAGAUGGAGGUGUACAAACAGAAGAAAGAAGAAGAAGCUGCAAGCUUGAAAAAAGAGGAGGAUGAAUUCAUGAAAAUUCAGAAAGUUGAGGCUUUACAGCUGCUUAAGAAGAAAGAAAAGGCUGAGAACAUCAUCAAGAAAACCAAGGAGGACAAGAAGAAGAACAAGGAAGUGAAAGUCACUGAUCCAAACAAGCCGAAAAGGCCUCCAUCUUCAUUCUUUCUGUUCAGUAUGGAAGAAAGGAAAAAUCUGACGAAGGAGCGGUCUGAAACCAAUUUCUCCACCAUCAAUGGACUUAUUUCUUUGAAAUGGAAGGAACUAAGUGAAGAAGAGAAAAAGAUAUGGAAUGAGAAGGCAGCUGAGAGCAUGGUAACAUACAAGAAAGAGCUGGAGGAAUACAACAAACAGCUCGAAGCCAAAACCGGAAUCGAAGCCAAAGCCGAAGCCGAACCCAAAGCCAAAGCCAAGAAAGGCAGCAAAUGAGAGUUUUAAAACAUCCUAGUUUAAUUUGCGUUGAUGUUCAAGUUGUAUAGUUGAACAUCUUGCAUAAUGAGCUCAGGUUGACCUUUGUGUAGUUUAGUCACAUUAGAGAGUAACCUUUUGUUCAACUGGUGGCUAUUUCAGUGGGUUGUUUAAACUAGAAUUAGUGAUUUGAUAAAUUUGGUUUCUAACCUACCAUCAA